UGUCAGAACUAUUCGCAUCGAUUAAUUGCAUUCUUUAUAAUAAGUUAUUGUAACUCAAUUGUCAUAACUAAUGACAAUUCUUUUUUUUAUUAAAUUGAUUAACUAGUAAAGUAAAUUGCUAUUUUAUAGAAACCAUGUACAUCUCAUUGGGACUUUUAUGGUUAAGUUUCAAAAUAAUCCAAGGAGAAAUUAUUCAAUGCCCAAUAGGUGGAUUAACUGAUACAGAGCAGUGUAAAAAAUUAACUGAAGAAAGUGUCUUCCAAAGAUUCUUUAUAAAUAAAGGCAAUACAUCUACGCAUAAACUAUUUGAAAAUUCAUUAGUUUUAGAUGAAAAAAUUCCAAUUAAAGACCAAUGGAAGCAAGCGCUUAAAAUAGGGACUGACACUUAUAGAAUUAAAUUUCAUACCAAAUUAGUAAAUCAAUAUAAACAUAAUGAUAAAUUAUUAUCAAAUGAAGAGUGGAUAGUGUUAAUUCAAUCGUUCUAUGUCGCGGCGAGUACCUACUAUUUUUCUAAGAACUGUGAUUUAGCGAAUGAUGUGAUCGAUCAAGGUUUGACAUUUUUCGAAAUAGUCACAAAGGAUAAUCAAGGAAAACAUGCAAGAGUGUGGUCUAUAGUGUUACAAACAUUGAAAGUAGAUAUACUGAUUUGUUUGGAUCCACAUCAUAACGAAACAUUGGAGAUAAUAAAUAAGAUAUCAGAAGAAGAAAAACAAUUUGAUUGUCCAAAUUACGGAUCAUUUCCUAGUUCAGCAGUAUUAUUGUUUCGAGGAUACUUUUUAGGCAAGGACAUUGAUGAUAAUAUGAAAACAAAAUUAGAAAAUUGGUUAGAAAAAAAAACGUUAUGGGAGCACUUUAAUGACGAUAUUUUAGAAUGGGAUUAUAUGUCUUUGUACAAGUUCUUAGUAUUUUUCUAUAAUAGUCCUCAAGAAAUGCACAAAAUAAUUAAUAUAUAUAAAGCAAUUGAAAAGCCGGUCUUAUCCACUGAAGAUAGAUUAUUAAACUACAAAGCAACUGAACUGGCACUGGGCAUAUAUACUUUAUGUUUUGAAGAAAAUAAAUCACCGAUAUGUAUUGCAUUUUCAAAUUUGAAGAAUAUUGAUCCACAAUUAGAGCAAAAAAUUACACCAAAAUUACGUAUUCUAUAUGAUUUGAAGAAUAAAGAUUUAAAAGAAAAGCUUAAGGAAGAACUAUCACUAAAUUAUCAUAUUAUUGAACAGGACGUAUUACAUUUAAUUGUGACUGCGGCUUUAGAUAUCGACUCAGAAAUAUAUCAGAAAAAUAUUGAAAAUGUUAAACAUGCAAUCGAAUCACUUAAUGAUUUUGUUAAACAUCUAAAAAAGAAAGAUACCAAAAAUUAUACCGAGCAACAAAGAACCAAAAAUCUUUUUAUUGUCUAUAAGUGGUUAAUAGAAAUGAAUGGAAUUCUUAGUUUAUCACAAGAUAAAAAUUAUCAAAAGCAAUUUGAAGAAGCUCUACAAAAAGCAACUAAUUUGUCAUCGAACUCCUCCUAUAAUUUUAGAAGUGAUGAUCAUUUUAAAUAUCUAAAAGCAAAGCUAGAGAACAAAACUCUAUUACUUCCUUAUGAUUGGGAAGUCUCUACUAGACCUGGUGAUUGGUUUCCUAGUACAGUAAACACAAUUAAAUUAAAGUCUAAAAACUUGAUUCUUUGUGGCGAUGUAAAAUGUGAUAUGUUUUCAAAAUUAUCUUCUAUACAACGUUUUGAAUACAUCAAUAGAAUAGAACUACAGAUUUUAAAAUUUAGAUGCAAAGAGCCUAAAAAAAAAUUCAAUGAAAAGUACGAUUUUAUAAUCAAGGCUAUUACCGAAAUAGUCAUUACUCCUGAGGACCGCUUAAAAAAUUUAGAAGCUCAUGAACUAUUUACUGUGUUUUUGAUGGAUCUUAAUGAGUCUGCAAUUGAUUUGAUGGAAAAAUAUAACAAUGAUAUUACUGCAAUUUAUAAAGAUUUGUUGAUGGAUCCUGAACUCUGUUGUAAGAAAAAAUCUAAGAUUAUAUCUGAGGAAGAAAAAAGUGACAAUGAAUUUUGGUAUAAGUUACAUAAACAUAAUAAUAAUGUUUAAAAUAAAAACAUAAAUAGGUACUGCACUUUUAUUCUUAUAAUUAAUUAUUCACUAUACCUACUCAUAUACUUGUAUAUUUAUUUUUAAUCGUUUUUAAAACUCACAUAAGUAUAACAUUUUGUUUAUAAGUAAAUUUUAUAACAUAUAUAUUUGUUUUAUGAUAUUUAAAAACAAAUAUUUCAAUAUUAUGUCUUAAUAAUCAUUCGCUUAAAACUCUUUAAAGCACAGUACUUUUUU